AUGUGUCUAAGGAUCAAAGAUCUUGUAUCUAUUGCAUGGCAAGCCAGUGAUGGAUUGAUCAGCGAUUUUGGCCUCGGACGCUAUGCAGAUUCAGCGCUUUAUACCGCAAGAGGAGGUCGACUCCCCUUCAAAUCAAUGGCAUUGGAGGCGCUGAAAUUCUACGAGUUCUCGGAAAAAACCGAUGUAUGGGCGUUUGGAAUCCUGCUGUACGAGAUAUUUUCACUUGGUGAUGUGCCCUACAACACAGUACAACCAAUGGAUAUGAUCGCUCAUCUUGAGGAAGGGAAUCGCCCACCGCAACCGGAAAAGUGUCCAAAUGAGAUGUGGGGCCUUUCCUAUUAUGCUCUUAUGUCCAGAUGCUGGAAAGCAGAUCCUGAUAGCCGGCCAACAUUUGCAGAGGUAAAGAAUUUGUUAUUUUUUCACUCAGUUUCAUUAACCGCUCUGAUUCAUAAC